UCACCCUGGGAUGCCGCCUGCCGCCGCCACAGCCGCGGCUGCCGGGCUUGUGGGAUCCGCCGCGGAGUCGGAGCCGGAUCCCGAGCUGCGGCGAGAGCCGUGGCCUGAGAGUUAGAGGGGCGGGCCGGCUCAUUCCUGGGGUGGGUGCUGAGGACUGGCGGGCGAGAACCCGGGGGCCAUCGCCCCCCCCGCCCCCAUCCCCCCUAGGGGUGAGGGAGUGGACACUCGGAGCCCCUGAGGCGGAGGCGGCGGCGGCGGCGGCGGCGGCGGGGGGAGCUGGUCAAAGGGGGCGGCCCCUGGCGGCGACGCCCCCAGCCCAGCCUUGCCUGGCCCCACUCCAUCCCCAGCUCCGGCCCGAUCGGCCCGCGGGUGACGCCGGCUGGGGCACAGAAAGGCGCUCCGAGGGGCCGGGCGGGCGAGCCGCCCCUCCCGGGUCCUUCCACGUCCCCUCCCGGGAGGGACCCAUACCUGAGCCCGGACCCACCCCCACCCGGGGCCACGCUGGAUCCGCCUCCCGGGCUGGGUCCCGCCCGCCGGCUGCAGGUGGGCAGCAGCGCCCGAGCCGCGAGCAGUGGGCGGCGGGGAAGGAGGUGAGCCGCAUCCGCGCCGGCUGCCGCUCGGGUCCUUGCCCCCGCUGCUGCGCUCUCCUCCUCCCAUUCCCGCAGGCAGGGCGCGGAGCCGCGCGCCCGCCCCCCCGCCGCCGCCGCCGCCUUGUCCCUCAGGGGCACCAUGGAGCUCUCCCUGACGUCCGGAGGAGCCGCGGAGGCGCUCUCCUGGCCGGAGAUGUUCCCGGGACUGGAGUCCGACUCGCCGCUCCCACCAGAGGAGCUGGAUGCUGUUGUCCCGGUCAGUGGGGCCGUGGCCGGUGGCAUGUUGGAUCGGAUCCUUCUGGAGUCCGUGUGCCAGCAACAGAGCUGGGUCCGGGUGUACGAUGUGAAAGGGCCACCUACCCAUCGUCUGUCUUGUGGCCAGUCACCCUACACCGACACAACAACAUGGGAGCGGAAAUACUGCAUCCUCACAGACAGCCAGCUGGUGUUGCUCAACAAGGAAAAGGAGAUACCUGUGGAGGGAGGACAGGAGCAGCAGACAGAUUCCACCAAAGGGCGAUGCCUGAGGAGAACUGUCAGUGUCCCUUCCGAGGGUCAGUUUCCUGAGUACCCACCAGAGGGCGCCGCUAAACUGGAGGUGCCAGCAGAAAGGUCCCCCCGCAGACGGAGUAUCUCAGGGACCAGUACAUCAGAGAAACCCAACUCUAUGGAUACUGCAAAUACCUCACCCUUCAAAGUACCAGGGUUCUUCAGCAAGCGCCUGAAAGGCUCCAUCAAGAGGACCAAAAGCCAAUCAAAGCUUGACCGAAACACGAGCUUUCGGCUUCCCUCCCUUCGCAGUACGGAUGACAGGUCUCGUGGGCUGCCUAAACUAAAAGAGUCACGUUCCCAUGAAUCCCUGCUGAGCCCAUGCAGUGCAGUGGAAUGUCUGGAUCUUGGUAGAGGGGAGCCCGUAUCAGUGAAGCCACUCCAUAGCAGCAUCCUUGGACAAGACUUCUGCUUUGAGGUUACCUACUUAAGUGGAAGUAAAUGCUUCAGCUGUAACUCUGCUUCAGAGAGAGAUAAGUGGAUGGAAAACCUUCGUAGGACAGUUCAACCAAAUAAGGACAAUUGCAGACGAGCUGAAAACGUUCUCCGUUUAUGGAUUAUUGAAGCCAAGGACCUUGCCCCUAAAAAGAAAUAUUUCUGUGAACUGUGCCUUGAUGAUACCCUCUUUGCUCGUACAACCAGCAAGACCAAAGCAGACAAUAUUUUCUGGGGUGAACAUUUUGAGUUCUACAGCCUUCCACCUCUUCAUAGCAUCACAGUUCACAUUUAUAAAGAUGUAGAAAAAAAGAAGAAAAAAGACAAGAAUAAUUAUGUAGGGCUAGUCAAUAUCCCCACUGCCAGUGUGACUGGUCGCCAAUUUGUAGAAAAGUGGUACCCAGUGAGUACACCUACACCCAACAAAGGAAAGACAGGAGGACCUUCUAUUCGGAUUAAAUCACGUUUCCAAACUAUCACCAUUCUGCCUAUGGAGCAAUACAAAGAGUUUGCAGAAUUUGUCACCAGCAACUACACCAUGUUGUGUUCUGUUCUUGAACCAGUAAUUAGUGUGAGAAAUAAAGAAGAGCUGGCCUGUGCCUUAGUGCACAUUCUUCAAAGUACUGGCAGAGCCAAGGAUUUUCUGACCGACUUGGUGAUGUCUGAGGUGGAUCGUUGUGGAGAGCAUGAUGUCUUGAUCUUCAGAGAGAACACCAUUGCCACCAAAUCCAUUGAGGAAUACCUCAAGUUGGUGGGACAACAGUAUCUUCAUGAUGCAUUGGGGGAGUUCAUCAAAGCUUUGUAUGAGUCAGAUGAAAACUGUGAAGUGGAUCCCAGCAAAUGUUCGUCUAGUGAACUGAUAGACCAUCAGAGCAACCUGAAAAUGUGCUGUGAGCUGGCUUUCUGCAAGAUCAUCAACUCUUACUGUGUUUUCCCUCGUGAGCUGAAGGAAGUGUUUGCAUCCUGGAAGCAGCAGUGCCUGAACCGCAGCAAGCAAGACAUCAGUGAGCGGCUUAUCAGUGCCUCGUUGUUUCUCCGUUUUCUGUGCCCAGCCAUCAUGUCUCCCAGUCUCUUCAACCUCAUGCAGGAAUAUCCUGAUGACCGCACAUCUCGGACUCUAACUCUAAUUGCCAAGGUCAUCCAGAACCUGGCCAACUUUGCCAAAUUUGGUAACAAAGAGGAAUACAUGGCAUUCAUGAAUGAUUUUUUAGAACACGAAUGGGGUGGAAUGAAGCGCUUUCUUUUGGAGAUCUCUAAUCCGGACACCAUCUCAAACACCCCAGGCUUUGAUGGUUACAUUGAUCUGGGCCGAGAGCUUUCAGUUUUGCAUUCCUUACUGUGGGAAGUAGUUUCCCAACUUGAUAAGGGUGAAAAUUCCUUCCUACAGGCGACCGUGGCAAAAUUGGGACCUCUCCCUCGUGUUCUUGCUGAUAUUACCAAAUCUCUGACUAAUCCUACACCAAUACAACAGCAACUGAGGCGCUUCACUGAGCAUAACUCCAGUCCAAAUGUCAGUGGAAGCCUCUCCUCUGGGCUGCAGAAAAUUUUUGAAGACCCUACUGACAGUGAUUUGCAUAAACUAAAAUCUCCAAGCCAGGACAACACAGAUAGCUAUUUCAGAGGGAAAACGUUAUUGCUGGUUCAGCAAGCCUCCUCCCAGAGCAUGACUUAUUCUGAAAAGGAUGAAAAGGAAAGUAGUCUUCCUAAUGGCCGGAGCAUCUCCCUCAUGGACCUUCAGGACACUCAUGCUGCCCAAGUGGAGCAUGCGUCUGUCAUGCUUGACGUGCCGAUGCGCCUGACUGGAAGCCAGCUUUCCAUAACCCAGGUGGCCAGCAUCAAACAACUUCGGGAAACCCAGAGCACUCCCCAGAGCGCACCUCAAGUGCGAAGGCCCCUGCACCCAGCCUUGAACCAGCCAGGCAGCCUCCAGCCCUUGUCAUUCCAGAACCCUGUCUAUCACCUCAAUAACCCAAUUCCAGCAAUGCCAAAGGCCUCUGUGGAUUCCAGUUUGGAGAACCUAAGCACUGCCAGUUCCAGGAGCCAAAGUAACAGUGAAGACUUCAAACUCAGUGGACCCAGCAAUAGCAGCAUGGAAGAUUUCACCAAACGUAGCACUCAGAGUGAGGACUUCUCCAGGCGGCACACUGUGUCAGACAGACACAUACCUCUUGCUCUGCCACGGCAGAAUAGCACGGGGCAGGCCCAGAUCCGAAAAAUGGACCAGGCUGGGCUAGGUGCCCGAGCCAAAGCCCCACCAUCCCUGCCACACAGUGCUUCCCUACGUAGCACCGGGAGCAUGUCACUGGCAUCUGCAGCUCUGGUGGCCGAACCUGUGCAAAAUGGGAGCCGGUCCCGGCAGCAGUCCUCUUCCUCCAGAGAGAGCCCUGUUCCCAAAGUGAGAGCGAUCCAGAGGCAGCAGACACAGCAGGUUCAGUCACCUGUGGACUCUGCCACAAUGUCCCCAGUAGAGAGGACAGCAGCCUGGGUUCUGAACAAUGGGCAAUAUGAAGAAGAUGUAGAAGAAACCGAGCAAAAUCAAGAUGAAGCCAAGCAUGCUGAGAAGUACGAACAGGAAAUUACUAAACUGAAGGAGCGCCUGCGAGUGUCCAGCCGGCGGCUGGAGGAGUAUGAGCGCCGGUUGCUGGUGCAGGAGCAGCAGAUGCAGAAGCUGCUGUUGGAGUACAAGGCCCGGCUGGAGGACAGUGAGGAGCGGCUGCGCAGGCAGCAGGAGGAGAAGGAUAGCCAGAUGAAGAGCAUCAUCAGCAGGCUAAUGGCUGUGGAAGAGGAAUUGAAGAAGGAUCAUGCUGAGAUGCAAGCAGUUAUCGAUGCAAAGCAAAAAAUAAUUGAUGCACAGGUCAUAAAUGGAGAUGAGAUUAUGCAAACAGGAAAAACGGAUCGUGUCGCUGGAUUCGGCCAACACCAGACUGAUGAGCGCGCUGACCCAAGUGAAGGAGCGGUACAGCAUGCAGGUCCGCAAUGGCAUCUCCCCCACCAACCCCACCAAGCUUUCCAUCACGGAGAAUGGUGAAUUCAAAAACAGCAGCUGCUGAUGGGCUUUGUGAAUAAACAGACUGUGGGAGGAGACAGAAGGAAAUGCCCCCGCUCUCCUAUCCCCAGCCCUCUCCCCAGCCCCACCAGGUUUACAGAAUGUUGCUACUUCAGAACAGCAGGGUGGCGAGCAACUCUCCAAUGAAGAAAGGAACCUUGUCUUUCAGGGCAUAAGGCUAAGACUUCCAAGGUCGACGCUUCACCCCACCGCGACCCCCCCCCACCCCCCCACCAUCUCUGUGUACAUAGGGAACUUAGUUCUGGGCCAUGUACAGAAAAUACCACUGUAAUAUACCCAAAGGAAGUUAAUAAUGUAGAUUACCUUUUUAAUUAUUGCUAUUUUUAUUAUUGUUGUCCUCUUGUUGAAAGCACUGCAGUUGUUAGAGGAGGCAAAGUAGGAGCCACAGGUGAAUGAGAGAUGAGCCUGGCGGCUCAGCUGGUAGAGACCAUGUGUCUGUCUGAUAGAGCACACAGACCGCAGUAGGACAUUGUCAGAAUGAGUUUUUCAGGGAUUCCUCUGCCAGUUUAAAAACCCCACUCCGGUUCCCUUGUCCUUUAGGAAAACAUGCAAAUACCGAGAUCCAAACAAAACAGUUUAUCCCAUUGAUCAACCAAGACUGGUUCUGGAUGGACAGCUAUCUGAUUUGGGGAUACACUGUUCCAGAGGACACAGAUAAGAGCUGUUGUAUCAAAACUGGACUUUAGGAGUGAUUUCUAUUGAACUCCUGUUGAUGUUUAUUUCCUUCUGUCUGUAGCAGACGGGAAUUUUCCAUUUUAGAUAGGGGGCUUUUUUUUUUUUACCCCAGUUGUAAUAAAGGUUGUUCUUUUUCCUCUUUAGAGUUUACAAAACUAUAAAUAUUUGUGUCUCUAUAAACCAUCUGCAUCUUCACACCCACUUGCCCUUUCCUCCCCCAUGGUGGGAGCAGUCAUCACCAACAGGGUUUACUCUCCCCUGGAGAGGUUAUUCAAAUAUGCUGUCCAUAAGCCAUCCGAAAUAAACACCCUUUCUUCCAUACAGAAAAGGGCUAACCAUACCAUACCAUGGCAGGAAUCUCUGAAUAUUUCCUAUCAAAAAUGUUUUUCUAUUUGUAAGUUAUAAUUUUGGUUUGGGAUAAAGAUUUUACCCAGUGUACUAGCAGAUCUCUGGGCAGGGUAAUUUUAUCUCAAUCUUUAACUUUUAAAUUGCUUUUUCCUCUAAUCCCCUCAGUAAAAUUUGGAAAAGAAAUCCAAUUCUGAAGCAUUGCUCUCUUAAAAGUUAUGAUUACCCUUAAUGAAAAAUAAAAUACUAAAAGUGGGAGGACAGCACAUUCCAGCUGUUAUUCCCAUGAUCUUUGUAGAUUUGGCAAUAAUAACCCAGUUUCACUAGCUGUCAUCAUUGGCUUUACUGUAG